AUGGCCCCUUCUACUCCUACACCCAGCCCUUUCGCCGCCAUGAGGAACUUUGGUGGUAUGGUGUCAUCUGCUCUUUCUUUCGGCGACAGAUCUCGCCAAGUCUCCUCCCUCGGCCUCGGCACUCUCUCUCUGGGGGAGCCGUCUGGCGCUGCCCCGCCCCCUCGCUCCGCCUCUCCCUCCGCUGGUUCUCCCGUCCCCGUAACGGGUUCUCCUGGAGGGCCUCCUCCUGCCCCCACUCCUCGCCGUAGGACGCCCGCCUUUCGUCCUGGUGAGUCUCCGUCCUCCUCCGACCAGGACUCGCUCAGUGGGGGCUCGGAGUCGGGUGAUCGACCCGACACCGAAGAAAGUGAGGAUGAUGAUGAUGGGGAGGGUAGGAUCGAUAGUGAGGGUGAAAGCGAGUUAGAAGAAUACCCGGAUGAUGACGUGGAGGUGAUUAGUGUAGAGGACAACAACGUAGAUAGUCCUGAGCCCGGUCCUGCCCCUCCCCCUGCUCAAAUUGUGGGCCAGAAACGACGCCGUUCCCUCUCUUCUUCUUCUUCUUCCUCUUCUUCUUCUUCCUCUUCUUCUUCUUCCUCUUCUUCUUCCUCUUCCGGGGUUCUCCCCCCCCCCAACGCCAUCGCCGCUGCCGCCGCCGUCCCCGUCGCUGCUCCCCCCCCUUCUCCCAGAGGGGAGCCUUCGCCCAAACGGGUGAAGAGAUCACUGCGGGAAGAAGAGUACUUGUGGGAGAAGAUGAAGUCCGAGCCUGGUCGUUGGAUCGCGGUUGGUGUUGACGAAGCGUGUGAUCGUUGCCGACGUGAGAUUAUCACGUAUAAUCGUCCAAACUGGCCCUGCCUCAAGGCAGUCAGGCCACACAACAAGGCCCUCCGUUGUGCUUCAUGCACGUCUGGCCCCUGCUCCUUCUGUCCCGUUUCCUCUGCCCGGGACAUCCCGCCCCGUCCCUCCCACUCUUCGCCCUUCCCCCCUCCUCAGACUCCAGCGUCUGUCCCCCGUUCGCGGGUACCUCCUUCGUCUCUCCGGUCGGUUCGCCGUACUUCGCCGGACCUCCGCCCGUCGCCUCCGUCGCCGUCGCCCUUCGCUCCUGUGGCCGGCCCAUCACGUCUCCCGGCUGUUCCUCCUUCGUCUUCUCGCCGUCCUUCGGCCUCUGCUCCUUCGGCCUCUCGUCCUUCGGCACCACGUCCGUCCUCUCCAGUGGUAGCUUCUCCUCCGGCUCACAGCACCCGAAGUCGGCGUCCUUCUGUUCCUCCGGCCACUUCGGCGGCCCCUCCCGUCACCCCUCCCUCUGCUUCCCAGAAGACACCGAAGUCUUCUUUAAAGAAAUCAAAAGGGAAAUCUAAAGAGAAGGAGGUUGCCUUCAAUGAUGGUGAUGUGGAAAAUGAAGAUACUCAGCGUGCUGGUCCCUCUGCUCCCCGGUUGUCCCUCGUCCACCCUCGUAUCUCCCUGGACGUCCGUAUUCCUGAGGACGAAAAGGAAUUCGCCACUUAUCGUUCUCUCGUCCUCGGUCUCACUACUCAGCUUGAGGCCGCCCGAAAUGAUACAUCUCUCCUGCUUGACUUCUCUUCUCGUCAAGCUAACGCUUUAAACAAUCUUACUGCGGCGUUAGUAGAUGUAGUCAACACUGGGGCUCUGGACGACGAAGCAAGGACAAGACUGCUCUCGACCUCCUCAGUCUUCCCUUCGAGUGUCUACGGACCAUACGUUCUCUGUGGAGGACCCCGAGCAUGCAAGCUGCUCGAGAUGUCCAGGACUUCGGUGACUUCUUUGGGGCUAUGA